AUGAUGAUGACGAAGAAGGCGGGAGCUUUAGUGAUGAUAUGUAUGAUAGGGUUGGCAACCUGCAUGCCUUGUGUAAUGGCACGGAGCAGCAGAAAGUGUAGUCCUCCUCCCCCAGGAAUACCUGGAUUAGCACCAGGAACAGGCACCUGCCCAUUGAAUGCACUUAAACUGGGAGCUUGUGUAGAUGCUCUUGGAGGAGUGGCUCAUGUGGGCGUCGGUGAUCCAAUUGUGAACAAAUGCUGCCCGGUGUUGAAAGGAGUGUUGGAAUUGGAGGCAGCCCUGUGUUUGUGUACAACCAUUCGGGUUAAAAUCCUGAAUCUCAACAUCAUCCUCCCUCUGGCUCUUGAGCUCUUUGUUCAGUGUGGUCUCACACCUCCUCCUGGAUUCAAAUGCCCUCCUCUUAACUAA